CCUCGCGCUCCCAUUGGUCCGCACGCGGCCGACUGCACGAGAGUAGGGGAACUUUUGGAGUGAACGGGCAGAUGAGUUCAGUGUGUGAGUUGGCCGUCUGACAACAAGUGGUUUUCCGCUGAGAACUAUUUCACCGCUCGGAGGAGACGCAGCUGCUCAGUGUCUUCGGUGUGUCUCGCUGACAAAGUAAUGACUGACAGAUUUGUGAUUUAGGAGAGAAGUGCUCGUCCGCUGCCGUGUUUUGUGUCCCGGAUGCGUCGCGAGUAAUUAGCUGAUUUGCAUCACCCGGCGCUCCCGGUUCAAUCUGCGGGGAAACCUGGCCACACGUCGCCAGGUGGACGGCGAUUCAACUUUUCUCUAACUCACCUCCACUUCACCGCACCUGUCCAACAUGUACAGCAUGAUGGAGCACGAGCUGAAGCCCACCGGCCAGCCCCCUUCUCACCAGACCUCCCAGGGGAUGUCACCGGUCACCGGCAACAUGACCGGGAGCAUGGGCACCAACGGCAACUCUCACCCGAGCUCCAAAACGGCGUGUGCUCCCGGUGUGGACCCCAUGGAUAAAGUCAAGCGGCCCAUGAACGCUUUUAUGGUGUGGUCCCGGGGCCAGAGGCGCAAGAUGGCUCAAGAAAACCCCAAAAUGCACAACUCCGAGAUCAGCAAGAGGCUCGGAGCGGAGUGGAAGCUCCUCACCGACGCCGAGAAGCGGCCUUUCAUCGACGAGGCCAAGCGGCUCCGGGCGGUCCACAUGAAGGAGUACCCCGACUACAAGUACAAGCCCCGCCGCAAGACCAAGCCGCUGCUGAAGAAGGACACUCAGGUGGGCAAGUACCCGCUGUCAGCCGGGAACCUGCUGGCGGCGGCGCAGGGCCAAGGUGGCAGCCCGAGGAUGGACAGCUACGGCUGGGGCCCCACCGGCGGCUACGCCGGCAUGCAGGGCGAGGCGCUCGGCUACACCCAGCAGCUGCACCGGUACGACCUGUCAGCGCUCCAGUACCCACCUGCCAUGACGGCGGCGCAGACGUACAUGAACGGAGCCAACUCAUACAG